AUGACGGCCCAGGCCUAUCGCAGCCAGGCCGGCUCCGGAAACUUCCUGCACUUGGCCGUGCAGGCCACGGAGCUGAGGGCCGGGGAGAACCUGCCCGUCCACUUCCACCUCAAGACCAACAACAACGCCGUCCGCGACGCCGUCCAGUACUUCACCUACCUGAUCAUGAGCAAGGGGCGCAUCGUCCGCACCGGGCGGCAGCGCCACGAGGCCGGGCAGAACCUGGUCAUCAUGACCCUGCCGGUGACCCCCGAGCUCGUCCCCUCCUUCCGCAUCGUGGCCUAUUACCACGUCCUGCCCGGAGAGAUUGUGGCCGACUCCGUCUGGGUGGACGUCCAGGACACCUGCAUGGGCACCGUGAGUGUCCCCCAGAGGGGUUACGUCCAACAACUGGCCUUCAAGAAACCCGACAACUCCUACGCCGCCUUCAUCGGCCGCCCCUCCAGCACCUGCCUGGACGUGUCGGUGCUGCUGCCGCGCCGGGCCAGCCCCGUCAAAUACCGCAUCGAGAACCGCAACGCGCUGGUGGCACGGUCUGCUGAGACCAAGGUGAACGAGGACUUCACGGUGAAGGCCGAGGGGGUUGGCAAGGGGACAAUGACAGUCGUGACCGUCUACAACGCCAAGGUCCCCGACAAGGACGACAAGUGCGACAGCUUCGACCUGCGCGUGCAGGUGGAGGAGGUGGCGGCGGGUCAGUGUCCCCAGCGUGUCCCCAAAGCAACGGGGAAGGGGGGGCGGGGGGACAAGAGGAGGAGGUACGUAUCAGCUCCAUCAAGAUGCACAGCGUCGGCGGCCAGGUAUGGGUGA